GUACAAAAGGCCACAGGAAUGCGGUCGAAGUCUGGCUCCGGGUUGGGUGUUUGCUCCUCUGCGCUGGACCCCUGCUUCUCCCCAGGAUAAAACCCAAACAGACGCAUAUGUAUAUAUUUAGGAAUGGACACCGCCGGUGAAGAUUGGAUCAAGAGAGAAAAUGAGGAGGAACCUCCCCGGCAAGCGGAUGCUGAACAAUUACACGAGACGUUAUCGGAAGGGAGCGAGGAUUUUCUCGAUUCCGAGCAGCCCGAAGCCCGCAAAAGAGGCCUGGAAACCUGCCGGGACACAUUUGCGGGGGACCUCUGCUUUGACUACAAGAACGGCCCUCCGAGAAUGCACGCGAACGACCGGCCGUUCAAAUGUGAUGUGUGCGAGAAAAGCUUCCGCCACAGCUCCAGCCUGCUGACCCACCGGAGGCUCCACACGGGGGAGAAGCCGUACAAAUGCACCGACUGCGGGAAGAGCUUCAACACGAGCUCGGCGCUCAUUGUGCACCGCAGAACGCACACCGGGGAGAAGUCCUACGUCUGCUCGGACUGCGGCAGGUGCUUCAGCGAAGGCUCGGUGCUCAUCAAGCACUGGCGCAUCCACACGGGUGAGAAGCCCUACAAGUGCGCCAUCUGCGGGAGGGGUUUCCGGCAGAGCUCACAGCUGCGCGCCCACGAGAGGACACACACGGGCGAGAAGCCCUACGAGUGCCGGGACUGCGGCAAGUGCUUCAGCACCAGCUCGAACCUCUCGGCCCACCAGAGGACGCACACGGGCGAGAAGCCCUACAUCUGCGCCGAGUGCGACCGGCGCUUCGGCCACAAGUCACAUCUCAUCUCCCACCAGAAGACACACACUGAGAAGCUGCACGUUUGCCCCGACUGCCCUGCCAGCUUCCGCAUGACCCACCAGCUGCUGGUCCACCGCAAGUCCCACCAGGAAGACCGGCGCUACAAGUGCCUGCUCUGUGGGAAGACCUUCAGCUACAGCUCGGCUCUGCUGGCGCACCAGCGGAUGCACACGGGGGACAGGCCCUUCAAGUGCCUCGAGUGCGGCAGGAGCUUCAUCCGCAACUCAGACUUGAACAAGCACCAGAGGAUCCACACGGGGGAGAAGCCCUAUGAGUGUCCAGAGUGCGGGAAGAGGUUCAACCAGAGCUCGCACCUGGUCAGCCACCGGAGGGUCCACUUCAAAAGCGCCACCAAAAACCCGGGCGUGAACGGCGGCGCUCUGGCUGAGCAAGAAGUCGAGUCUUCCUGAAGGCCGCUUUCUGCAAGGAACUGCUUCUACAGGUCGAGGGAUAGCAGCUUGUGGAAGGACCAAGCUCCUAGCCUGAGCUCUCUGAACAAGGUGCUUUUGAGCUCAGCACUCUUGCACUGCAUCCAGCUGAGAACAGACCCAUUGAAAUCCAUGUGCCUUGUUAGUUAUGUCCAUUCGUUUCAACAGGCCUACUCUUGAGUAUGAUACAUUGGAUACAACUCCAGGCAUUUUAACUACAGUACCACAAUACAGCUGGGUAUGGCUCACAGCUGUAUGGUUUUAUAAGCUGCACACUUGAGGACCAAUUUGCAACUGCAUUCAACAAGAAGUUUGAACAGCAGGAGAAGUCUGAAAUGGGACAUGGGCUUGGAUUCUCACGUGCCUAUUCUGAGUAAAGCAAACUUCAUGCUUCCUUGCAAUGUACAUGAAUGCUGGAGACGCCAAAAUUCCCACCAGUUCCAACACUGAAAUAAGCCCCGCCUGUAAUAAUAAAAACCGGGUCCCUUUU